AUUCCAUUUCAGAAAUUAAUAUUGAACAGUUGUAGACUUGAAAUUAAAUUGUGAUUGAAUAACUUCUGGAACAAUGUGGUUAAAAAUAACCAUACUACUUGGAAUUGUUAUAUUAUGUUGUACACCAUGUAUGUGGACAUUUGGUUUUGGUUCAGAUCGAGUACUUUUACGUGAUAUUUCUGCAAUAACACUUCAUCAAGGUCAAAUGACAACCGGGCGAAGGUCAUCUCCGGUGCCACAGUUGAAAUGUGUUGGAGGAACUGCGGGGUGCCAUGGUUUUGUUCCACAAACAGUCCAAUGCAGAAAUGUGGGAUUCGAUGGCCAUGAUGUUCAAUGGGAAUGCAAAACUGAUAUGGAUGACUCGUAUCGUUUUGGGAAAGUACAAGUUACUUGUGAAGGUUAUGACUACCCAGACGAUCCCUAUGUUUUGAAAGGAUCUUGUGGUUUGGAGUACACAAUUGAUGUAACUGAUGCAGGAAAAUCCAGAAACCAAAAUAGUUGGGGCGGGUAUAAUUACGGACAAUCAAACUUACAGCAUAAAGAGUCUUCAGGAUCUUGUUUUCUGGGAUUAUUGGUUGUUGGGGCGAUUGUGUUCCUAAUUUAUAAAAUGUGUUCUGCUGUAAGUGAAAAUCAACCGAACCAUUCCAGGGGUACCAGUUCUAACCAUAGAUCACCUCCUGGAAACAACCAACCACCUCCUUAUGGUUUCAAACCAGAGUACUCACAGACUGGUGGCAAUUAUGAACCUCCACCAGCGUAUUCUGAUGCUACCGGCGACAGGACACGUACAUCUUCUUCAACGACAACAAACAAUUCAUCACCUGCUGGUGGCUUUUGGUCUGGCAUGGGAUGGGGAGGUGUACUUGGUUAUCUUUUUGGACGAAGAGGCAAUAAUUAUGGAUAUGGGUAUCCAAGAAAUAAUUAUGGCACUGGAUACAAUGGAGGGUGGGGUGGCAGCGGAUGGGGCGGUAAUCGUGGAUGGGGUAGCAGUGGGUGGGGAGGAAAUCGAGGAUGGGGCAACUCCUGGCAAUCGGGAACAUCUCAUACCACAUACAGAGGCAGCAGGUCGUCAUCAUCUGGAACAUCAAGGACUGCUUCUGGGUUUGGGGAGACCUCAAGAAGAUAACAUUGUCUUUGCUCCUUUUACUUUCAUAUUUUGUUUGUACAUAUGUAAUGUUUUGCACUUCCACAUGAUUUUUUUUCUGUAUUAUUCCAUAUUAGUUAUUCAAAAAGGAUGAAUACUGCAAUGGUUAAUUUGUUUAAUGAGAUUCACUUUUGUAGAAACUGAACUGUGUUUGUAACUAUAGGCAAUCACUUUCAAUCAUCUGAGUAAAGUGAUGGGAGAAAAAUUGAUGAUGUAUAAUUUAAAAUAAUAGGUGUAUGUAGUUGCAUAUUGCUUUUACAGUGUCAAUUUUUUUUAAUAAAUCGAAUGUUGUUUA